CCCCACGCCAGGUCCCCGCCCGGUCUUCGCCACCUCGGAAGCGAGUCAUGGUGGCGGCCGUGGCGGCGGCGUCCCUGCUCCUGUGGGCCGCGGGCUGCGCGCAGCGGGAGCACGACUUCUACGACUUCAAGGCGGUCAACAUCCGGGGCAAGCUGGUGUCGCUGGAGAAGUACCGGGGCUCGGUGUCCCUGGUAGUGAAUGUGGCUAGCGAGUGCGGCUUCACAGACCAGCAUUACCGAGCCCUGCAGCAGCUGCAGAAAGACUUGGGUCCCCACCACUUCAACGUACUUGCCUUCCCCUGCAACCAAUUUGGCCAACAGGAGCCAGACAACAACGGGGAGAUAGAGAGUUUUGCCCGCCGCACCUACAAUGUUUCUUUCCCCAUGUUCAGCAAGGUUGCAGUCAUUGGCACUGGUGCCCACCCUGCCUUCAAGUACCUGACUGAGACUUCUGGGAAGGAGCCCACCUGGAACUUCUGGAAGUACCUAGUGGCCCCAGAUGGAAAGGUGGUAGGGGCUUGGGAUCCAACUGUGGCAGUGGAGGAGAUCAGGCCACAUAUCAUAGAACUUGUGAGGAAGCUUAUCCUGAGGAAGCGAGAAGAUUUAUAACCACCCUUCUCCCACCCUACCCAUCUCAUCUAUCUGUGUAUAGGUGGUCAAACAAAAUCAGUGGUGAUUCAAAGGGAGAGACCACUGAGUCUCUUCCCUUUGCUCUUAUCCCACCUACCCUAUCACUCUUACAGGGGGGAAAAAAAUCUAAAAUUUGCUAUUUGAAUAAAAGAAUAACUAAUAGGUACUUCUGGCCAAUGAGAGCUCUUGACAGUGAAUCACCAGCCAGUAAGAACCUCUAGCCAUUGAAACAUGUGUCAAGUAGAAGUACACCAAGCAACAGUCUCCUGCCCAGCCAGGCCUUUGUCAAAUGGGGCUGAUUCCUAUCUCACAGGCUGUUGUGAGGAUUAAGAUGAAUACCUGUGAAAGUGCCUAGAUCAGAGCUAGCCAAAUAGGAGGCAUUCAAUAAAUAUUUUUUUGCAUAUAAACCAAAAGAUAACUUGUGAUCAAUAAAAACUUGCACCUAGG